AUGGGGAAUCAAUGUACAGGUAUUGACGAUUUUUAAGGACAAUAAUUUGCUCCAAAUAUAUCAGCUUAAAAUGAAGUGUUUGUAGAAGGAAGAGUUCCAAUAGUUGGGUAGAAUCCUAGCCGAUUUAAUGAUGAUGAUAUUAUAGUAAGCAUCAUUCUAUAAUUAUUAGACAGUGUAUUAAUCAAACAAUAAUAGAUUAAAUUAUGGGAGAAAUUCUCUAGGCUAAGGAUAUAUGACAGCCUAGAAAUAUAAUUUAAGAGAUAACAUAUCUAUUUAAGCAUCUUCUCAUGUAUAAGUGAUUCUAUAAUUAAUUAGGGAUUGACAAAUUCAUAAAAUGCUGCCUUAAUGAUAACUAUAAAGAGCAAUGAUAUCUUGUUGAUAAAUUAAAAAGGUCAAGAGUGUUUAAGAUAAGGAAUAGAUUUGGUAAAUGAAAAUUUAUAUUUUAGGUUUGUUUAAUUGAUCAUAGUGGUAGUAUGUAAGGAGAGAAAAUAAAGUUAGUUAGAAAAACUUUAAAAUAAAUGCUAACAUUUUUAUAGCCAGUAGAUAGAUUAUGUUUAAUAAUGUUUGAUUGCAGAUGUUAUAGAUUAACAAGAUUAAUGAGAGUGACUUAAGAAAAUGUUUAAAAAUUUAGAAUAGCAAUAUCAUCACUUUAAGCUAGAGGGGGAACUGAUAUUGGGAAUGGUAUGAAGAUGGCCUUAUCAAUAUUAAAACAUAGAAAAUACAAGAAUCCUGUAUCAGCUAUAUUUUUGUUAUCAGAUGGAGUAGAUGAAGGAGCUGAAGAGAGAGUGAGAGAUGAUUUAAUCUAAUAUAAUAUUCGAGAUUCAUUUACAAUAAAAACAUUUGGUUUUGGAAGAGAUUGUUGUCCUAAAAUAAUGUCAGAAAUAGCUCAUUAUAAAGAAGGAUAAUUUUAUUUUGUACCAAAUCUUUCUAAUAUUGAUGAAUGUUUUGCUGAAGCAUUAGGUGGUCUAGUCUCUGUUGUUGCAAAUCAUGUUCAAUUAUCAGUCUAACCUAUGAAUUCAAAUAAAAUAUAAAUUAAAAAGGCAUAUGGAGAUAAAUGGACUUAUGAUUCUUGGAAAGGAGCCUUCACACUUUAUUAACCUCAUCUACUAUCUGGUGUGAGAAAAGAUUAUAUUUUUGAAGUGGCUGAUUACAAAACUUCUGGUAAGCAAGAAGUUAGAGUUCUUUUAUAAGCUGAUCCAGUUGAGGGAGGGGAUAAAGUUACUAUUGAAUAAAUUAUUGAACUUAAGAAUUCAGAUUUAUCAAAUGAAGUUCUUCCUAAUUAUUAUAGAGUAAAAGGUGCAGAAUGUUUUGAAUAAGCAAGAUUAUAUGCAGAAUAAGGAUAAUAUUAAGCUAGUUAAUAAAUCCUUAAGAAUAUUAAUUCAGAAAUAAAAUUAUAAAAUUUCAAUGAUCCAAAUCUAUAAGUAGUUCAAACUGAUCUUGAAAUGGCUAGCAAUUUCUGUUACCCUGGGUAUUAUAUAUAUUUAUAUUUAAUUUAGUUAAUUUGAAAAUGAAGGUAGACAUCAUAUGCAUUAAUUACAUAUUGUUCAUAUGUAUUAAAAAUCAAGAGGAGUGUAAAUUAAUUAAAAUUAAGAUGGUUAAAUUAUUAGUUUAGAUUGUCAAUAUUAAAAUAAUCUACAAAAACAAUAUAAGGAUUAAACUAGAGAAAUAAAAUAAAAUGAUCCUAAUUAUUGGAAUGAUUGUUGA